UAAUAACCAUCAAUACCUGUCUACUUACCGAGUAAAUGCAAUACAACAACUUACCUACCUACCCAUCCAUGCUGUACCUCUUGUGAAAUUAGAUGAAUCCUCUCUCUGCCGUAUUCUUCUUCUAGCUCUUCAGUCCUAGUCAUUCUAGCCAUUCUAAGUUCUGCUAGUCCUUCUCAUCCCUCCUGAAUACUUCACCUUCUUCUUUUCCUCCCUCUCCUCCGUCUCCUCCUCCUCCUCCUCCGUCUUCUCUCCUUUUCCAACACCUAUCGCCGCCCCCUCACUCACUAUCGGCAUUUUCUCCCGAUCCACACGAAUAUCCGCUAAUUCUUCUCUGUUGAUCUUCGGAUUGGAGGGAUUGAUAAACUCACGUACCAGGCACAGGCUGGUUCAGGGAAGGAAGUAGUUGCUAGUAAAGUGGCUCGUGGUACGGAGUACAGACACCGAAAUCCAGGGCAAAAGAUCGCGAUUUGAUAAAGCUUGCAACCUCUUCACGCCUAAUCUUCAAUUCCAUUCAAUUCAUUUGUUCUCCUUAAAAACAAUUUCUCUAAGAAUUAUCUUACUCACCUCCAAAUCGGCGCAUAACCUCAAUUACAACCACCAAAACAAAACAAAAUUAAUUCAAGUACUACCUACCACAUAUUCUUCCCAUUCCAUAUCUUCUGGGGACACUACAUUCGACAACUCUUGGAAUUGUAGAGGUUUUAUCUCUUAACUUAACAGUAUUUGCAAUAAUAGUUGAAUAAUUGCCAGCCAUGGCAGGAAAGUAAGUUGCAUUUCUAAAAUCCCCUUUUCCCGUCACAAUCCCAUCUUUUCAGUCUCAAUUUUGGAUCACUUCAAUCACUUCUGCGAAUAAUACUAAUCAUCAUCUGUUUAGCCCAUUGGGAUCUGCCUUCAAAUCUUUCUGGCAUACUAUGACCAGUUAUGAUCGUCGUAUGUUGAUACCAAAACCUCCCAAGAUUUUCAACAGGAUUCUAACCAAAAGUAAAACAGACUCGUCUUACGAUUCUCCAUAUAGAACUGGCGGACACGUUCCUCUCGCACAAAGUCGACAUGAACCCUUAACGUCCGUUGCUACAACAGCUUCAGAAUCACGCGCAGAUUUGAACUCCCCCUAUUUUGAAGAGUCAGGUCGACAAUCUACAUCUGCACUUAAUGGCAACGCUUAUCCAGGUUCGCCAUUCGCCCCUCCAGCAAGUCCAGGUCCGCAAUCACCAUACUCGCCGGGAAUGAGAUCAUCUACGCUUCAACGUCAAUCUACACAAGAAAAUUUUGAGAAUGUUACACCUGGAGAAAUUCAAUUGCAAGCUUUCCAAGAAGGUCUUCCCCCACCACCACCAGUCGGACACUCCUGGAAGAGAAUCGAUAGAUGGGCCGAGGAAAAUUAUGCAGAGCUAUGGGAUCAACUCUGCGAGGGAUGCACAAAUAAUGAUUUAAAUGAAUUGGAGCAUCAACUGGAUUGUUCCCUUCCGAUGGAGGUUCGAGAGUCAAUGCAACUUCAUGAUGGACAAGAACGUGGUGGUACACCUACCGGAAUUAUCUUUGGCUCCAUGUUACUUGAUUGCGAGGAAAUUGUGCAAGAAUGGGAAAACUGGAAGGUGGUCAAUCAGGAAUAUCUUACAGAAUCACCCAGCAACCAAAGACCUGCAGUGCCACCAAAGGCAUUAGGUGGUAGUUCAUCUUCGUCGAAGCAACCUGCAAACGCGCAAAAUCCUUACUGGAGACAAGAUUUAUUGGCAAAACAGGAUUCUCAACCUCCUAAUGCUAUUCAAAAAGUCUAUGCGCAUCCCGCCUGGAUUCCUCUUGUUCGGGAUUGGGGUGGAAAUAACUUGGCAGUUGAUUUGGCACCGGGACCAGCUGGUAAAUGGGGUCAGGUCAUUCUAUUUGGUCGGGACUAUGAUUGUAAAUAUGUUGUCGCACGAUCAUGGUCUGCUUUCUUGGCUACAGUCGCAGAUGAUCUCAGCAGUGGUAAAUGGUUUGUGGAUGAAGAAACCAAUGAGCUAAAGUUGAAAGAAUUCAAAUCAGGAAAAGUCGAGCCUGGUUAUUUCGAUAUCUUGAGAUGGAGGAUGGAUCAGAAGUAUGGUCGCAAGAAUGUACGAAGAAGAUCAGCGCCGCCUGUCAAUGGUAAUGGAGGAUCCCCGGCUGGAUCUCCUUACGCAAGCCCGGCUGCUGAGAUUGGUGAACCGCGUGGACGUUCUAUGCAACGUUUCUCUGGAGCUUCACCCAUUCCAAGUCCAAAUCGUCCUGGUUUUGGAAAGUCGAGUCCUCUAGCUAAAGUUGCUGAAGAAGGAUCAGGAACAAAAGUCAACACGAUGGAUAUUCCCUCCACGAAACUUGUCGAUGUUCAAACACCAAGACCAAGCAUAGAGAAUAAAGCUUCGGAACGACCAGUACUAGAAUCUGAAUCAACUAAUGAGAAUAAAGAAAAUGAGAAGGCUAGUGAGAAGGUUACGGGGUUAGGAUUAGUAUCAGGAACUUCUGAGAAGGAAACCUCUGCUGAUGAUGAAUCUGCGAUGAAGACGAUCGAAAUCUAAUGCCAAUGCCGACACAUUUCAAUUCGAGUUUGCGUUUCGUUUUUCUUCGCAUUGCAUGAGGCGUUAUGGGGUUUUGCGUGGUACGAAGAUUCAUUGAUUCAUAAUCAGAAAUUUGAGAAGUUAUUUUUUUUUCUUCAUUGUCAUAAUGGCAUGCUUGCCUACAUGGAAAAUGUAUCCAGCGGUUAGCUUUCUUCAUGAAUAUACAGUUUGAGUAAAAUUUGAGGUGGAAGUUGAAGAUUCUUUAUGUGUGUGUGUUGUGUAUGUUUGUGUGUAGCGUUGAUGUCUAUGCAUGGAUGGAUGGAUUACUGAUUACUUUUAGCUACUGAGAAGAAAAGGAUAGAUAUGCAUAAUGUGAGAAAGUUAUUUUGAGAUUGUGAGAUUGGUAGAGAGAAGAGAGUAUGCUUUUUGUGAAGUAUGAUGUGGUGAUAAGAGA